UCACCGGUGACAGCAGGAACAGGUUUCCAACAGUUGGAUACAUGCGGGAGCGCCAUAUUGCGCCUGGCUGAACAGAGGGAGGGGGAAGUCUGCGGCUGCAGGGAGCUUAGGAUCGCGGUGCGACCAUCAUCCAACAUCUCCAAACCUCGUCAGCUCCGAAAGACACGGUGAGAAGCAGCGGCCACACGGAGCACGGGUCUCUCUUCUUUGGAAACUGCGUUUUAUUAUUAUUAUUAUUUAACAGCUCAACGCACAGAGCCAGGAAAAGGACAGAAAAAUGCCCAAAGCGGUCAACGUUCGCGUCACCACUAUGGACGCUGAGCUGGAGUUUGCCAUCCAGCCCAGCACCACCGGCAAGCAGCUGUUUGACCAGGUAGUGAAAACCAUCGGCUUACGUGAGGUCUGGUACUUUGGGCUUCAGUAUAUGGACGGCAAAGGUUACUACACGUGGCUGAAACUGGACAAAAAGGUGUCGUCCCAGGACGUAAAGAAGGAGAACCCGCUCCAGUUUAAGUUUCGGGCCAAAUUCUUCCCGGAGGACGUGUCAGAGGAGCUGAUCCAGGACAUCACGCAGAAGCUCUUCUUCCUGCAGGUGAAGGAGAGCAUCCUGAGCGACGAGGUCUACUGUCCACCAGAGACAGCCGUGCUGCUGGCCUCCUACUCAGUCCAGGCCAAGUUCGGAGACUACAACAAAGAAGUCCACCGGCCUGGAUACCUGCUGUCUGAACGCCUUCUGCCACACAGAGUCCUGGAGCAGCACAAGUUAUCCAGAGAACAGUGGGAGGAGAGGAUCCAGGUGUGGCACGAGGAGCACCAUGGGAUGUUGAAGGAGGAUGCUAUGCUGGAGUACCUCAAGAUCGCCCAGGACCUGGAAAUGUACGGCGUCAACUAUUUCGACAUCAAGAAUAAGAAGGGAACAGAGCUGUGGCUGGGAGUCGACGCCCUGGGACUCAACAUUUACGAGAAGAACGACAAAUUGACCCCAAAGAUUGGCUUCCCCUGGAGUGAGAUCAGAAACAUUUCCUUCAACGAUAAGAAAUUCAUCAUCAAGCCCAUUGACAAAAAAUCUCCGGACUUUGUGUUUUACGCCCCGAGACUGCGCAUAAACAAGCGCAUCCUCCAGCUGUGCAUGGGCAACCAUGAGCUGUACAUGCGCCGCCGCAAGCCGGACACGAUCGAGGUGCAGCAGAUGAAGGCUCAGGCCCGAGAGGAGAAGCAACAGAAACAGAUGGAGAGGGCCCAGCUGGAGAACGAGAAGAAGAAGAGGGAGGCCAUCGAGAAAGAGAAGGAGCAGAUGGAGCGAGAGAAGCAGGAUCUGAUGAUGAGGCUCUACCAGUAUGAGGAGAAGACCAGGAAGGCAGAGAAAGAUCUGCAGGACCAGCUCCAGAGAGCCAUGGCGCUGGAGCAGGAGCGGAGGAGAGCAGAGGAGGAGGCGGCCCGUCUGGAGGCCGAGCGUCAGGCUGCCCUGCUGGCUAAAGAGGAGCUCGCUCGCCAGGCUGAGGACCAGAAGAAGAGUCAGGAGCAGCUGGCUGCAGAGCUGGCAGAGCACACAGCCAAGAUCACCCUGCUGGAGGAGGCCAAGAGACGCAAGGAGGAGGAGGCCGACACAUGGCAGCUCAGGGCCAAGGAGGCCCAGGACGAUCUGGUGAAGACCAAAGAGGAGCUGCACAUGGUGAUGACGGCACCCCCUCCACCUCCCCCUCCCCCCAUGUACGACCACCUGGACGACAACAGCGACAGCGAGGAGAACGCCAGCACGCAUAGCGCCGACCUGCAGACUGAGGGCAUCAACGACCACCGCAACGAGGAGGACCGCCUGACUGAGGCCGAGAAGAAUGAGCGCGUCCAGAACCAGCUGAAGACCCUGACCUCAGAGCUGGCUCAGAUGCGCGAUGAAUCCAAGAACACCCAGAACGACAUUCUUCACUCUGAGAACGUCCGGGCCGGCCGAGACAAAUACAAAACCCUGCGACAGAUCAGGCAGGGCAACACCAAGCAGAGGAUCGACGAGUUCGAAGCCUUAUAAGAAGCCCUCGGCCCUCGGCCACGUACCCUUUCUGAUGGUCACUACUUCUCGCUCCUCUGCAUGUCAACACACACCCAGCACGCUCAUACGACUCACACGCAUACACACACAUCAGUUGCAGACUUAACUGGAGCAAUAUAAGCACAGCAGACACAUUACUUACAGAGAGAUGAGCUCCUGUUGUGAGUUUGUCUUGGCAGAUGCAGGGCUUUACAAAUCCUCUGAAGAAAACUUAGUGCCAAAACCUCCUCUCUUCUUAGUGUUUUCAGAUAUUAUUUGUGUAUUUGAUUGUGUAAUUUGAUCCAUUCAGACCAAAUCAUGAUUGUUUUUAACCAGAGGUGUGAUGAAGUAGUGGGACUAGACAAAUUUUAUUAUUAUUUCAUGAUGUGCACAUAUGUAAUCAAAGCCUGGCUUGUUUUUGAUGUCCGUCAUUUGUUGUGUAGGAAGAAAAGGACAGUUUGACGUUUAUAGCGACCUCUCAGAAAGGGGAAAACAGUAUAAGCAGAAAAAUAUAUGUUUGUUUUUGUUUUCCAUUAUAUUUGAACACUUCCAUUUAUGUUUAAUAUUGCUAUACAGUAGGCUAGUUUAAAUCAUGCCUAGUUUGAUAUUUAUACUGUAUAUGGGACAUUAAAAGGGGUAUUUCAUCUUGGUUUGUAUAUUUUUGCUAUUUUGCUAUCUACUAAUGAUAAUGAGAACAUUUAAUAUGUUAUAAAGGUUUUAUAUAUUGACCAAAAUAAUAGCAGUCUUAUGUUCCAUAUGUUUUCCUUUAGAUCACUAAAUUAAAGAGAUUUAAUUGUAAAUUAUUAUUAUUUUUUACUGUAGGAAAUAUCCAGCUGCAUGCCAUUAAAUCAGUUAAGGAGAUUGCUAUCUAUCUCGGUACUUUUGAUUUGUUUUUGUUUUUUUUGCCAUGCAGUUCACAGCAUGCUGAGGAAUGUCUUUAUCUUCAGAGCACUGUGUUGACUGGGACACUUAGAUUUAAUAUAUUUUAUUUCUGUCUGUUCUGUGUCAUGUCGCUGUUGAGAGAUGAGCACGUGUUGUGUGCUUUUACCUUCCUAAGUGGCCUUUCUCUCUGGCUGUCUCUCUGCAGGGUACAGUCCCAGACAGUUGGUCUUUACUUGUUAGCCAAGGUGCAUAGUCAAAAAAAAUGGAUGUAACUUUGAAAACUUUUACUUUUGUUUUCUUUUUUUCUAAUGUGUUAGACCUCCACUGAGGUUCAAUGAGGGUUGAGGUGAGUGUUUCAAAGAGUUUUAAUUUUGCAGCUUGGUCACAAAGGACUGACCUAGACAGUAUAAAACCAACAUCUCACUCUCCUCUCUGGACAUGGACUAGAGUAGCAUCUACUUACACUGUAAUGGAAACACACAGCUCUGCUGGCCUUUGUUUAUGAACAGGAUUUUAUAAUGAGGUGUUAAACAUAUUGGCAAUAAAAAAAAUUACAUGA